AGAGAUUUUCUUUUUAUCUCCAAAUCAAAUCGAAUUCAGGUUAAUAAUAAUAAAAAAUUCCCAUGCGGUGGCAGAAAACGGCUAAACGGUCUCUAAGGACCAAGUCUAUGAGUUCGUUGGCCAAUCUAUGCAGAUAAAAUGGCUUCAAAUUGCAAGUCCCACCUUAUCUUAACACCCUUAUUUAUUUAUUUAUUUAUUGUUUUAUUUUAAUACUAUAAAUCUUCCAAAAAUUAUAUUUUCUGCGUUCCUACAAAAUCACAUGCUUCACUGUGAAAUUCUCAAAGACACAAAACCAAGCCAUGGCUAUGAACGCCUGCUUAUGCUUCCACAAACCUUCAUUUCCUCACAGACCCACCACCGUAAACGCUUUCUCUUCUCCUUUGCCUCCAACUCCAAGGUCUUGUAGAAACCCAACCAUCCAAACCCAUCCAAGGAAGCGCGUUAGCAAUGGCAUCACCUGGAGCCCUAAAACCAUGAUGGCUCUGCUCGGGGCCGGUUUGACCCUGACCCUUGUGGGACCUGCUUCUUCUGCUGAAUUACCAUUGUUGGGUUCUUUGCAACUCAGUGAACCCUCCAAUGCCCUCUCUUUGCCCACUUGGGCCGUACACGUCUCCAGUGUUGUUGAAUGGAUUACAGCGAUGGCUUUGGUUUGGCAAUAUGGCGAGAAAUCUGGAUAUGAAUCUUGGAAAGGGCUCUCUUGGGGUAUGGUACCCCUUCUUGGUGGAGCAUUUUGUGCAUGCACAUGGCAUUUCUUCUAUAACUCGGAGUCUCUAGAGGUAUUGGUGGCUCUUCAAGCAGCCCUAACAGUUAUAGGCAAUGCUACAAUGUGCUUUGCUGCUUUCCGCAUAUAUAGAUCAUCAGAGGAGCGCUCGAAGAAUCUUUGAAGUUUCUCUCUGCAUGCCAAAAAAAUGUUCAUGAAUGAAUCUCUUCUUCUAUUUUCUUCUGGUUAGGAGAAUGAUCACAGAAUGAAGCUUUGUCAUUUAGAUGAGGUCAAGCCAGAAAUGGAUACAAAGAGAAAGUUACACGAUUUUAUUACAAAGAAGUCUCUUUUUUCUUCUGCUAGUUGUUAAAUAUUUGGAGACUCACCGCUGUUAGAUGGUAGAAUUUGUUGAGCUGUUUAUAAAAUUCUUAAAUCUAUAUAUUGCAAAAACGAAUAUUUUGUUUUUGUAGAAAUCUUAAAUCUCUACUAGGCGGAUUGACAUGAACGUCUCUAGUAGAAUUUUCAACUAUCGUUAAUGAUGAAUAUGUUGUUAAAUUUUUUAUGCUAAUAA